GGCGCUUUUAUACUCAGUCCUUUUGUCUUCAAUGCUGUCCAACUUCACCAAAUGCAUCCUGCUUAGCCUAAACAAUGAACGUCGCAAACCUCGGUCCCUCGGUCAUCUCAACACCUCCAUCCCAGCUCUUAUUAUCUUCCUCUCUUCCGACGAUACCUUCAGAAGCAGCUGCAUCCUACUCACUACCUAAGCAUGACCCUCCUCAAGCCGCUAUGAACGACCCUUACCCAAAACAACCUUUCUUCGUCCUCCCUGUUUCCGCAAUUCUCAAGUCCUCCACACACAUGGACCUCGUCGAGUCCAGGGACACCGAGUACUACGCUGCCAUGCAGGAGAAUCUACACGGCGAUGCGACCCACGUGCGAUAUAAUCCUAUCGAAGAGCGUUUGACCGAAUCCCAUCACGAGAAGAGCAUCCCUUUGUGGGAUCCAAUUAUGGGUGAUGCUGGAAGUAUAUGGGGUUCUCCGGAGUUGACUGUUGAGACACUUGAGUUUCAACAUGGGACGAGUGAGCGGGAUUCGCGGAGGCAUAUUGUUGAUGAGUUAUUUGAAGUUACGGGGGUAGAGACACCGGAUUGGUGGAGGGGGUUGUGUUGGAUUCUGUGAAAGAUAUGAUGCAUUGAAGAGUGCACUAUGAGGUCGGGCAGCUGUAGCCAAAGGUCGAAGAGGUGCUUCAUUGUGAUGAUGGUUGCUGGUGUCAUUAUUGUUGUUGUUGCUGUAGCGCAUCGCGUAGAUGCCGAGGAUAACAUAGAACAAGAUUUGUGGGCUGUGAGAAUGUUCCCGG